CACUUUAGACAUAUGUGUGCACCAUCACAGUCUCGCCCAGCAGACUCUUCAUCCUGAACCCCAGCUGUUUUUAUUUUAUUCAUUUCUUUCUCAAAAAGCGAUGCCCGGGGAAUCUCGGCACAAAUCUUUCACAGAUAACACACAGUCACAUAAAAAGAUACACAUGGGGUCCCCCCCUUCUCUCCCUCCAUUUUUAGUCUCCUCUCAUCCCUUUCACCACUACAGUUUGUUUCUUCUUCUUCUUCUUCAAUCUCUGCCUCGCCUUCCAAAACCAGCACUGUUCACAUUCUGAACUCAUUAUCACGCAGCUAUGGGAAGCUCUCUUCGUGUCAGGGAAGUUGUGGUUGUAGCCCCUUCUGCCUCAACCCCUUCCGAUGUUCUUCAGCUCUCUGCUCUCGAUUCGCAGCUCUUUCUUCGCUUCACCAUUGAGUAUCUCUUGUUAUUCCGCUCAUGUCCUGGCUUGGACCUCGCUGCUACAUCGGCUGCUCUGAAAUCAGCAUUGGCUCGGGCUUUGGUUCCUUAUUACCCUCUCGCCGGCAGGGUCAGGGCCAGGCAUGAUGGGUCCUGUCUUGAGGUGGUGUGUCGAGCUCAAGGUGCGCUUUUCAUCGAGGCCUUUACUGAUCGUUUUUCGCUCGGCGAUUUCCAGGAUAAGGCCCCCAAAACGGUGACCCAGUGGAGAAAAUUCCUGUCCUUCCCCGUCGCCGACGUUCUCAAGGGAUCGCCUCCUCUGGUGGUUCAGCUUACGUGGCUCAGAGACGGUUCCGCCGCCGUUGGCAUUGGGAUCAAUCAUUGUAUUUGCGACGGUAUAGGAAGCGCCGAUUUUCUCAACCAUUUCGCCGAGUUAGCGAGAUCCUCUGUCCUCGCCGACCCACUGAAACCCGCACUCAAACCCGUUUGGGAUCGCCACCUCCUUACUUCACCAUCUAUGAACACGACUGAGGCCACGAACACAACGAUCCUCCCAGAGUUCAACCGAGUUCCUGAUCUCUGCGGGUUCAUGACUCGGGUUUCGAGCGACCUGAAGCCAACCUCCAUUACCUUCGACAAGAGUCACCUGGACCAGCUUAAGAGCAUCGCCCUCGACACGAGUCGACUGGGCGAGUCGUCGUUCACGUCCUUCGAGGUCCUCGCGGCUCAUGUGUGGAGGAGCUGGGCCAGAGCAUUGAACUUCCCGGCGAACCAAACACUGAAGCUGUUGUUCAGCAUCAACGUGCGGAACCGGUUAAAACCGGGUCUGCCCGACGGGUACUACGGGAACGCGUUCGUGCUGGGGUGUGCUCAGAGCAGCGCGAAGGAACUGGAGGAGAAGGGAAUCGGAUACGGGUCGGGCUUGGUGAAGAAGGCGAAGGAGAGAGUGGACAACGAUUACGUGAGGAGGGUAGUUGAGCUGGUGUCCGAGUCGAGAGCGUGUCCUGACUCAGUGGGGGUUCUAAUAGUGUCUCAGUGGUCAAGGCUGGGGCUGGACAGAGUUGACUUUGGGAUGGGGAAGCCGAUGAAUGUGGGGCCCAUAUGCUGCGACAGGUACUGUUUGUUUCUGCCGGUGAAGGAUCAGAGCGAUGCCGUGAAGGUGAUGGUGGCCGUCCCUACCUCCGCCGUUGACGAUUAUAUCCAUUCCCUCACACUGCACUAACGAGAACCCACUAAUUAAAUACCCUUUGACUUUGUUUUUUCACCUUCUUUUUUGUCAUUUUAAAUAAAAAUCAAUCACAGAACCAACACAAUUUGAUUUCAAAUUCCUCUUUCAUAGUAAUUUUGUCCAAUCACCAGUUCCGACAUGGACAUCGAUGCUCUGGGGGGAAUGAACAUGACAUAAGGCAGACUCAUCAGUGAUCAGGCUCUGCUUUGUCUGUUUCUGUAAUUAUAGUAUGAGAACCAAAAUAUGAAUGAAAAUCAUGGCUAGCUUUAAUGAAAUAAUUGAUGGGUCUAAAAAAAGGGAAA